AAAAUAGAACAAAACAUAGCAAGAAGCAAGACCCAGUAAUACCAAACACAGAACAAAUGAAUUCCCAUAUAAGGGACUCCAUUAAAGAAGAAGUAAUGGGUGGGGGUCUUCUUCUAUCUUCACCUACCACACUAUCGCAAAAGUUGGAAAACUUUUAUUGGUUCCCAGUUUUCUGUCGUUUCUUCUCAUCCUUUCAAGGCACUCGUGACUCAAUAUAUCUCCAAAUCCAACCCAUUUCCACAGCCUUAAGAAAACACCAUCAUUAUUCAUUACCUUAUGAGUGCAGCUUCUUGGGCUUAUCUACCAAUUGCCAUGGCUUUGAAACUCAUAGUUUUAACAACACUGGCUUUGGUUUUUGCACAUUUGGCAGGCACCAGCCCCUGCAACUUCACUUAUCCGGCAGUCUUCAACUUUGGCGACUCCAAUUCAGACACCGGCGGCCUGGUCGCCGGAGUUGCCUUCCCGGUGGGGCCGCCCAACGGGCAAACCUACUUCCGCCGGCCGGCGGGCCGGUUCUGUGACGGCCGAUUGAUCAUUGACUUUCUGGUGGCUGCAGUGGAGAUGCCUUUGCUGAAUCCGUACUUGGAUUCUGUUGGCGAGCCAAGUUUCAGUUCUGGUUGCAAUUUCGCCACCGGAGGAUCCACCAUUCUUCCGGCCAAAGCCAAUUCUUUUAGCCCUUUUUCUCUUGGAAUCCAGGUGGCUCAGUUCGUCAGGUUUAAGGCCCGGGCUCUCGAAUUACUAGCGCAAGAUCAGAAGUUGAAGAAAUUCCUUCCCGCAGAGAAGUUCUUGAGGCAGGGUCUCUACGUGUUUGACAUUGGCCAGAAUGAUCUAGAUGGUUCAUUUUACUCGAAAUCUGAGGACCAAGUUGUUAGCUUCAUUCCAACUCUUUUGGCAGAGUUUGAGACUAGAUUAAAGGAGUUGUACUAUCAAGGAGCAAGGAAUCUUUGGAUCCACAACACGGGCCCUCUCGGGUGCUUACCCCGAAUAAUCGCCACAUAUGGAAAAGACCCAUCGAAGCUCGACCAAAUGGGCUGCGUCGCCUCGCACAACCGCGCGGCGAGGCUCUUCAACACACAGCUGCAUGAGCUGUGCACCAAGCUGCAGGGUCAGUUCCCUGAUGCCAGUGUGACCUUUGUGGACAUUUUUGCCAUAAAAUCCAACCUAAUAUCAAACUAUUCUCAGUUUGGGUUCAAGCAGCCUUUGGCAGCAUGCUGUGGCUAUGGUGGCUUGCCACUGAAUUUUGACAACAGGAUUGCUUGUGGCCAAACCAAGGACUUGGAUGGCAGCACUGUGACGGCACAACCAUGCAAUAACACAGCUGAAUAUGUGAACUGGGAUGGGAACCAUUACACUGAAGCUGCUAAUCUGCACAUUUCAGCACAGAUUCUGACCGGCAAGUUCUCCGAUCCACCCGGCGCGGCGAAUGAGUAAGUAGUUUCCGGCGAGCCAGAUCCAAAUCGUAUAACUCAGAAUGCUAAUGCUGUAUUGAGUUGUAUCCUUUACAUUGAAACUACGUGCAAGAGAGACUCCCUUUUUCUUCUCUUAAAAGCGGAGAAUUUCGUAAAUUAAAGACGAGUUUAGAUUAGAAUUGUCUAGGAACUUAAAAGGAAGACCUUUAUAUGGUUUAAAUACCUUUAUAUGGU